ACUUUCAACUUUUUUUCCUACCGAAAGCUUAGUCUAAGAGUCCAGUGUCUCUAUAUCUAUCUACCAUAUAUCUUCCUUCCAAAAUCCAUCCUCUGCGAGUGAGUGUUUCGUUGGAGUCAGAGGCGAUGAUGUCUUCAAUUAGAUUCCUAUGGAUCCUGGUGGUGUGUUUGACGGCAUCAUGCGCGCUAAGCCAACCGCAGAAGCUAUCAGCGUACGAUGUUCUCAUGGAGUACGGCUUCCCGGUGGGUCUUCUUCCGAAGGGAGCCAUAGGGUAUUCACUGAACAGAGACAGCGGCGAGUUCGCUGUGUAUUUUGAAGGAGCCUGCAGCUUCGACAUAGAAUCCUACGCGCUCAAGUACAAGUCCACAAUCACGGGUGUGAUCUCCAAGGGCAGGCUCUACAAUCUCAAAGGUGUCACCGUCAAAAUCUUGCUCCUGUGGCUCAACAUCGUCGAGGUCUCUCGUCAGGGCAACGAUAUUUACUUCUCUGUCGGCAUCGCUUCCGCUGAUUUCGGCGUCGAGAACUUCCUCGAGAGCCCCCAAUGUGGUUGUGGCUUCGAUUGCAAAACGCUCCCCUUAAACGGUGACGUUUACGUUUCCUCAAUUUAAUUACGCUUUUCUGUGAUUCAAUUGGUGAACCAACGGAUUAUUGGGUUGCAAAGUGUAGUAGAUCUAUCUCUCUCUUUUUUAUGCUUUUUAAGUUAAUAAUUAGUCCUACUUUUUAUUAUCGGGGUAUUGUUUGUUUCCCCUCAAAUGAUUUUCAGCAUAGGGGAUUCCGCCCUUUGUGGUGCCAUUUGCCUCAGAAUCCAAACAAAUGUUACUUGUAUCUGGCAAUACUCUAUUAUUGUCUUGCCCAAAUCCAUCAUUUCAUUGGAUAUAUCGCUCUUUUUUA